CAAAUUUACGCACUCACGAGGUCUUGUUCGACGCACCUGCCUCUCACCAUCCCAUUGAAUCCUUGAGCCCUUUGGGUCGUGACAGAAGGUCAUCACAUCCUAAUCGACUACUGCGCAUCUCAUCAUCAUGCCGUCUUUGAGUGAACCCCAGCCUGUAGCUUCUACUCCCGUCCUCGCUCGCAAGCAAGCCGACUCCAGGAACGGAACGGGGCUGCAUUCACUUCCAUAUGACUUGUUGCUCAACAUCGCUCAGUAUUUGGACUUUCGGGAGAUCUACGCAGUACAGCUUACCUGCAAGGCGCUGCACGACUUCGCCAACAGCAGGCCCGUGUACCGCAACCUGGCCGUGUCGCUGCUCCAGCGCUGCCGACCACUGCCGCUAUCAGGUUUCCAGCGACUCUCAGACCUCACGACGGAGCAGCUCGUGUGCGCGGUGACGAAGGCGAUCCGGCUCGAGCAGGCAUGGCAGACUCGCGCGCCGAGGCCGUCGCGGGCGUCGACGGCGGCACACCAGGCGUAUGCGAACCCGUACGCGGUUCCGCCCGACGACUGGGAGCGUAGUUGGUACCGCGUCAUCCGCGCGCCGCCCGGCGAGGAGGUCGACUGGCUCUCGCCGAUUACGUCGAGCUACAGCCUGUGUGCGACGAAGACGGGCAAGGUUGUUUGCUGGGACGUGCAGCGCGACGUGUGUCUGGCGGAGUGGGACCCGCAUGAGCGCUGGGAGCUGUGGAAGUGCCGCGUCGAGUUUGAUGUGCGCACGGUGUUCUUUACGAUGGCUAAGGUGCUGCGCAGACCGUACGACGACCGGUUGAUGGAGUUCGUGCUGAUGCAGCUUAAGUUUCCCGAGGCGGAUGGCGGAGGAGAUGCGGAGGAGCUUCCGACGCCUGAGUUUUCGAGGCUUGCCAUGUUCAAGACGAUCGGGGUGGUCAUGAACGUCUUCCUGCUCGAUCCGCCCACGAGGCUGCUGUCUGCGUUCGUUUGGAUGUCGUCAUCAAACACUAUUGGACUGUAUGCGUUGCUUGAUUGGGAGAAGAAGGAAUACGUCUUCAUCGACACUGGUAUCGAAUAUUCCGUAUUGUCAAACUGGUCAUGCAUUCUGUACAACCAGGACAUCGUCAUCCACUCGGAGGACAGCGACCAUGCCCACCAAUAUUUCUAUCCCAUCUCAGUCCUCCGGCAGUACUGCAGAGCUCUGCCCACGGAUCCCUUCUCUGUCCCUUCGAUAUCAACCCGGUUGAGUCCUCACGUGUCCAUGACCUCCGGCUUCAUUUUCCCCGCCCAGCCACUCGAUUCUUCUCUAUCCGAGGCGGCAGCAGAAAACGGCGAAGAGACACAGGUGGUUCAAGCCGUCGACAACACCCGUCCACAUACAUCUGGUACCUCCUCGCAAAACCCUAACCCGUUUCCCUACUCUGAAUGGUACCCCGAGAGUGCACACUUUGUUCGACAGUGGUGGCCAACGCUUUCCUCUAUCCCCCGACUCAGUUGCACAGUUGUGUUGCUCGCAUACCACGAUACAGAGUCGCACCGAACGCGAUACGUGCUUGCGCAGCACUACUUCAAGGUCCCGCUAUAUGAUGCUUAUGCUGGGAGGUCUCGCGAAGAGGUGCAGAGCAGCCGCGAUGGUGUCCCGCGUCGGAGCCGUUCUCUAGAGAGCGGCUCCUCGUCGACAUUGAGUGAUGACACAGCCAGUGAUAACGCUGACAGCGGGCGGCACGAUGAUCCGGACUGGAUGAAACUAUGGUACGUGAGGCAGCCGUUCGAAGUUGUGUGCGUGCUGGACGAGAUCGAGGAUGAUGCGGAGGAUGGAAGCGGGCAGGCGGAGCGCGCGCGGCCGCUGAUGGCCGUGGACUUUGGUCACGCCGUGUGGAUCGAAUACGUCGACGGAGAUGAGGUGGAUGACGCGAAGCGCCUGCGCUUCGUGUCCUUCCCGCCUAUCGCGACGGACCGUGAUGGGUCGCUUACGGCUGGCGGUGCAUGGGAGAAGAAGUCGGAAAAGGAAUUGGAAGGUGUCGUAAGGACACUUGAGAUACCGGACGAGCUGGACCUGGACGAGGUGGAGACGAUCAACAUUGACGAGUCGCAAGGCGCGGUGAUUAUAUCCGUCCGGGAGGGUAAGAUAUUUACUAUGUACUAUGAGUAGUCGACUUGACGAGGAUUCUGUUUGAAGUAAUGCGCAAUCGUUGUACAUACUUGGACUGACGGUUAUCAAAUGGCGUGGU